ACAUGGCUGACAUGGAACAUGAGGCUGUAGUAGCAGUUCUUUUUAAAUAUUUUGAUAAACCAAAUAAUGGUGUGAUACGUGGUCCGAUAAAGGUUUUAGGUGCACCAUAUCAUUACAAUCCAAUCGGAAGUGGGAAUAAAAUUGCGCCAGAUGUGGCAAUUUGUCCAAGUAUUGCUCAUGUUUUAAACCCAUUAAUUGAUCAUCAAGGUCCUCCCCCAAGGAAUGCGAAUAAUCGUCCUCACGCGAGAAUCGUUUGUGAGGUAGGUAACACUCAAACAAUCUUUCAAUGGAAUGCAAAAUGUGAAUUAUGGAUGCACGAAGAAUAUGUGCGUUGUGUACUUGGUAUUAAGCUUUUUCCUAAAACAAUUAUGGGAACAACUGUUCAUCGGGCGAUGAUCGCUCGUUUAUGGACACGCGUAGCAUCGGCAGGAGGUGUAUUAUCACAAAAUGCAACUUUAGCAAGAGCAGGAGUGUAUGUCAUGGAG